AUGUCAGACCCCCCCAACAACACCCAAACCACGUUUAGUGGCGGCGACCCUCCUGCCGACAAUAAUUAUACCGACAAUAAUAAUGAACAGACUAAUAUUAAUGAUAUGCAAAAAAUUAUUGCUGUUGAACUGAAGGAGAAAGAAAGUUCUCAUUCCAGAGGACCUCAUUCUCAUGAAGCUCAUCACAUCAAACCCUCGACAAAAAUCCAAAAAAAUAAUGAAAAACCAGACUCCCAUAAAAAAAUUGAAACUAUCCACAAAAAGCUUGAAUCGAAUGAUAAGCAUAAUGCUUCUUCAAACCACGAAACCCCCGUUGAAACCCCUAUUGUGAAUGUUGGUCCAACCUUGAACCCUACCUUUGACUCUUCACCAGAUGGUGGUGAUGUGGAAAUUGACGCAACACCAUCACGUGACAUGGAUGUUCUCAUGCCGGAUGCAAAUCCAUUUGGUGAUAAUUCUGAAGCCUGGGAAUACAUCUUAAAACUUAAGGAUCUUAAAGCUUCAGAAGGACAAGUGAAUUCUCUUCGCUCAGAACUUGAUGUUUUGAGAAACAAUCAGGUUCACACAGAAGUUAAACAUGUAAUGUUUGAAAAACUUAAAAAGGAAGUUAAGGAUAAUAAGGAUCAUUGCGAUAAAGUGAAACAUAAAGCUGAUGAAAUAGCUAAGAUGACUCUUCAAGAUUUGUCUCAAGAAAAAGCAAGAAACAAAAGAAUUAUCGACACUGAAAUCAAGGAAUUCAAAGAAAUGACCAACAAUCUUGAGAAAAGAGUUGAUAAUAUGGAAUACAAAGUUGGAACUAUUUCAACUAAGGCUGAUUUAACUACCAAAGAACUUAGCUACGCAAAAAGGAAAUCAAGAGUGCGAGUGUGCAUAAGAAUUCCAGAUACCAUGAAAAGAGUUAAUAUCCCUGCGAUUGGAAAGAAAAUUGAUGCGGUUGCACAAAAGCCGGUGGCUCAGGAAAUAGGCUAUACUGUCAAAGGGCAUUUAUAUGUUCAACUUAAUGACAAAGAUUUUGCUGAUAAAGCUGCAGAAUGGAUCCCCAAAGUUGACCCUACUUAUUCAGUGCUUGACACAGAUUCUUGGCACAAGGCUGUACUUCAGGAAAUACCUAAUACGGCAUCGAUUGAAGACUUGAAAGAAACUCUCUACAAUUUUAAUGAUUACCAUAUUGUUUUGAAUACCGAACCCAAAAUCAUUAGCAGAAACCAAUUUACCCAAACAGCAUUGGUUUCAUUCAGAAAUGCCCAAGACUAUGCAAAGUGUGCUGAUAAUCUUAUUAUCCAGUACACAAAAGUUAAAUUUACAAAUCGAGAUAUGGUUACCAUUUUGGUUAAAGACAUUACAAUUGUCAAUGUCUAUAAUCAACCGAAACCAUCCAAGAAAUACCCUGAGCCACCGGUUUUUGAGUUUCUCAAACGGGAGAUCAAGGAACAAUACUCAAAGAUUGUCAUUGCAGGUGAUUAUAACUUACAUCACAAGGAAUGGGAGUCAAGGGCAGGUCCGAAUACGGAAGCAGAUGAAGUUGUUGAGUGGCUACAUGAAAAUGAUAUGAUGUUAAUUACUCCAAGAAAUCAAAAAACAUACAACAAUAGAACCAAUAUUGAUUUGGUUUAUGGCUCAGUGGACUUACUUCAUAGAAUUUCAUUUAGUGGAGUGGAUGAAAAUACACUAAGUGAUCACUCAAUUGUGGAGUGGGACAUCUAUAUGUCUCAGAGUAAAAACAGGGAUGAAGUUUUUACUUCGGUGAAGAGAUUGAAUAUUAAGAAUGCAGAUUGGGAAAAGUUUGACAAGGAGCUUUCUUCUGCCAUUAAAGAUUUUAAUGUGCAUAACAAAACUCUAAAAUCAACUGACCAAAUUGAUGACCAAGCUAAAGUUCUUGAGGAGGUUGUAAAAAGAGCAAUGGCAAAGUCGAUGAAGGAAGUUAAGGUGAUGAAAAAGUCCAAACGCUAUUGGAAUCAAGAAUUAAGGGAGAAACAUGAAAUAUGGAAGGCACUUCUACCUGAAAUUGAUCAUGGUCUUGAUAGAGAGUUUGAAAUUGAUGACGAUUCUCGAUGGCCAAAAUUAGAGUUUGAUGAAGUUGACUCUGCAUUGGCUGAUACCCCAAAUGAUAAAGCUCCAGGAGACGAUGGAAUUACUGGCAAAGUUUUAAAGAUGGCAUGGCUAAAUAAAGACUUUAAGGAAAGGUUUUCAAGCUUCUCCAAGCUUGUGUAA